AUGUCUUUAGAAAGGAGGACUUAUAGUUGUGGAUGGUGGAAUAUUACUGGUCUUCCUUGCAAACAUGCUGCUAGAGCCAUUGGGUUUGUAAGGGGCAAUAUUGAGGAAUAUUAUGAUGACUAUUAUAAUAUAGCAUACUAUUUAAGGGUAUAUGUAGGGACAUUACAUCUUGUCCCACAAAAAGACAUUAAACCUGAUGUUGAAUAUCCAUCAAUGCUUCCACCACCCUUAAGGAGGCAACCAGGCAGGCCUAGGAAAGUUAGAAGAAGGGAUGAAAGUGAACCAUUAGCUAAAUCAAUGAGAUCAAUAGCUGUCACAUGUGCUAGGUGCAACCAAACAGGCCAUAAUAGAAGGACUUGUCAGUAUGCACCAUUUAGGGGAAAUAGAGCUAUUAGGCAGAGGAAGAAGAAACAAACUACUGCUCAACCUCAUCCAUAG